GGCACGGUGGCAGCACCGUCUAUUAUUCCACACGUCUUGUGAAUGAUCAGGCGAAUUUUGUUGAUCAUCAAACAACACAGCAAGAAAUAGUUUAAAAAAUGGGCCAAAAUCAGUCGGGCGGCUCUGGUGGAGGCGACAAAAAGGACGACAAGGACAAGAAGAAGAAGUACGAGCCGCCCAUACCCACCAGGGUGGGAAAGAAGAAGCGCAAGACUAAGGGUCCCGAUGCCGCACUCAAGCUGCCGCAAGUGACGCCUCACUCAAGGUGCAGACUGAAACUGCUCAAAAGCGAGCGCAUCAAGGACUAUUUGCUUAUGGAAGAGGAAUUCAUCAGAAAUCAAGAAAGACUGAAGCCUCAAGAAGAGAAGAAUGAGGAGGAGCGUUCCAAGGUUGACGACUUGCGAGGAACGCCGAUGUCCGUUGGCACGCUGGAGGAGAUCAUCGACGAUAACCACGCCAUCGUAUCGACGUCAGUCGGCAGCGAGCACUAUGUCAGCAUCCUGUCCUUCGUCGACAAGGACCAACUCGAACCAGGCUGCUCUGUCCUUCUCAAUCACAAGGUGCACGCUGUGGUUGGAGUGCUGUCUGACGACACAGACCCGAUGGUGACGGUGAUGAAGCUGGAGAAGGCGCCGCAGGAGACAUACGCAGACAUCGGUGGCCUCGACACGCAGAUCCAGGAGAUCAAGGAGUCGGUCGAGCUGCCGCUCACGCAUCCUGAGUAUUACGAGGAAAUGGGCAUCCGACCGCCCAAGGGUGUCAUCCUCUACGGCCCGCCAGGCACGGGCAAGACCCUCCUGGCCAAGGCCGUGGCCAACCAGACCUCCGCCACCUUCCUCAGGGUCGUCGGCUCUGAGCUCAUCCAAAAAUACUUGGGCGAUGGUCCGAAGCUGGUGCGUGAGUUGUUCCGCGUGGCCGAGGAACACGCGCCAUCGAUCGUGUUUAUUGAUGAAAUCGACGCCGUCGGCACCAAGAGGUACGAUUCCAACUCUGGCGGUGAGCGAGAGAUCCAGCGGACGAUGUUGGAGCUGCUUAACCAGCUGGACGGCUUCGACUCGCGCGGCGACGUCAAAGUGAUCAUGGCGACGAACCGCAUCGAGACCCUAGACCCUGCGCUCAUUCGUCCAGGCCGUAUUGAUCGAAAAAUCGAGUUUCCUCUGCCCGACGAGAAGACCAAGCGCAGAAUCUUCACCAUCCACACGUCCAGGAUGACGUUGUCCACCGACGUUAACCUGCAAGAGCUCAUCAUGGCCAAGGACGAUCUCUCCGGAGCCGAUAUUAAAGCUAUUUGCACAGAAGCUGGAUUGCUGGCGCUGCGUGAGAGGCGCAUGAAGGUAACAAAUGAGGACUUCCGCAAGUCCAAGGAGAGCGUCCUGUACCGCAAGAAGGAGGGCACGCCCGAAGGCCUCUACCUUUAACUCCAUCUUUUCUCCUUAAUAUUAAUUUGUUGUUUAAAUUAAUCUUACGAGUCAAAACGAUUUUGUGCUGAGAAAGAGAUAAUUAAUUGUUUCCGUCUGGCUGCGAUGGUAGAAAUAAAUGAAUUUGUAACUUA